CCGCGGGGCUGAGCGCGGCGCAUCGUUGGGGGCGUUAGCAGGGCCUGAGUGCGCGGAACAGCGGUGGCGUCGCUGGACUACAACGCUCGGGAGGCCGGAUCGACGGGAUCCGCGCCCCCAUGCCCGGCCGGGAGCUGCCCGUGGGCACGUGCCCGGACAUGUGCCCGGCUGCCGAGCGUGCCCAGCGCGAAAGAGAGCGCCGCCUGCACCGUUUUGAGGUGGCGCCGGGGGCCCGUGGAGACCGGCCCCGGGCCGACCCGCAGCGCGCCGUGAAGGAGUACAGCCGGCCAGCAGCCGGCAAGCCCCGGCCCCCGCCGAACCAGCUGCGUCCGCCCUCGGUGCUGCUGGCCACCGUGCGCUACCUGGCCGGCGAGGUGGCUGAGAUCACCGAUGCACCCCGCGCCGAGGUGGCUAGCUUCGUGGCGGACCGCUUGCGCGCCGUGCGGCUGGACCUGGCCCUGCAGGGCGCCGACGACGCCAAGGCAGCGGUGGUGCUGGAGUCGGCGCUGGCCACGCUGCUGGCCGUGGUGGCGCGGCUCGGGUCCCACGCGGCGCACGGGCCCGCGGACCCGGUGCUGCUGCAGACCCAGGUGCAGGAGAGCUUCGGCUCCCUGCGGCGCUGCUACGCGCGGGGCGCAGGGCCGCACCCCCGCCAGGCCUCCUUCCAGGGCCUCUUUCUGCUCUAUAACCUGGGCUCUGUGGAAGCCCUGCACGAGGUUUUGCAGCUGCCCGCUGCCCUGCGUGCCUGCCCGCCCCUGCGCACAGCCCUGGCAGUCGAUGCCGCCUUCCGGGAGGGCAACGCUGCCCGCCUGUUCCGUCUGCUCCGGACCCUGCCCUACCUGCAGAGCUGCGCCGUGCAGGGCCACGUGGGCCGUGCCCGCCGCGGAGCCCUGGCCCGCCUCGCUCGUGCCCUGGGCACCCCCAAGGGGCAGACCUUGCCUCUGGACUUCAUGGUCCGCCUGCUGGCCCUGGAUGGACCCAGCGAAGCACGGGACCUGUGCCAGGCCCACCGGCUGCCCUUGGAUGGAGAGGAGAGAGUUGUGUUCCUGAGAGGUCGCUAUGCCGAGGAAGGGCUGCCACCUCCCAGCACCUGCAACGUGUUGGUGGGGAGCAAACUUAGAGGGCGCACCCUGGAGGCGGUGGUCAUGGCAGAGGAGGAAGAUGAGGGUGUGGACAGACCCAGGACCCCCUCAUGAGGAGGGAGUGUGCUGUCGUGCUGUCUCCCAGAGCCCCAGGACUGGGUCAGAGUACUUAGGUUUCUUUUUUCAUGA